CUCAGGUAGUCGAGUGAUUUAGAAAGAAGACAAAAAGCAAUCGAAUUGUAACUUCUCUCUCUCUCGUGGAUCCAAGAAAAGAAGGUGAUGUUUCGAUGAAUCGAUCGAAUAAACUGGAACCUCGCAGCGAUUUACUCGCCAGUGAUGAUCAAUCCGGUGCUCCAACACUUAAAGCCGAAUCGCCUAGAAACGUUUGUGGAUUGCACGCUGGGAAACGGAGCUCACGCGUUCGAGAUCAUACGGACCCAUCCCGAGCUCCGGCAAGUUGUGGGAUUGGAUCUAGACCCCGACGCGGUGUUGCUGGCCAGACCCAAGUUGGAAGCCGCCGCUGCGGGGAAUGCCCACCUCCGCCUCCACUUUGCCAGUGUCAACUUUAAGUGUCUCAAGCUCCAGCUCAACCAGAUCGAUCCGGGCUUGCUCCAGCGAGGGGUGGACGGGAUCUUGAUGGUGUUGGGUCUCUCCGCAAUGCAGCUUUCUUUUUUCCAGCUUAACACUCCCGAGAGAGGCUUCAGCCACACCAUGGACGGCCCUCUGGACAUGCGAUUCGAUCGACGCUCCCGGAUGACAGCCGAGAUCAUCCUCAACUCGUGGAACGAGCGCGAGCUGGGACGACUACUCCGGGACUACGGCGAGGAGCAACACUGGCAAGAGCUCUCUCACUCCAUCGCCGAGACCCGGCUCAAGAAAGGGCCCUUCAAAACCACGCUCCAGCUCGUCAACUUCAUCGAUCGCAGGAAACAAAACCUUGGAUCCAAGCCACCGAGAUUCGAGGACGAGCAUCCCGCGCUGCCAACGUUCCAGGCCCUGAGAAUCGCCGUGAACGACGAGAUCAACACGCUCAAGAUCGCCGUACCCCAGGCGGCCUCGUGCCUGGCGCCCGGCGGCUCUCUCAUCGUCAUCACCUCUUACGGUCUGGAGGACCGGAUCGUGAGCGGCGAGUUCCAGCGCCUGGACAAGCGGGUCCUGGAGAGCGAGUUCCAGAUCGCCCACGUCCGCCCCAUCGAGGAUCUCUCGCAGCAAAUCUCCAGCCAGAGGUCGCAGAUGCGAGUGCUCCAAAGACUCUGGAAGAGAACGUAGUAGAAAAUCUGUGUAUUCUCUUUCUCUUGGUCCGGAGAGUUUGGAAGAGCGAUGAUCUAGUAGCUCUGGAAUCUAGCUCUA